AUUAUUUUCUUCUUGGUGUAAUUAUUAAAGUACUUUACAGUGUAUGUUAUAAUACGCAACACAGUUUUUUUUGUAAAAAACGGUUACCCGUUGCAAAAUACAGCACGGCAUGUUUUGAUUCGCUUCGUUAGUGAACGUCCAGCUGUACUCAGGUCAUCACCGACAUAACAGAAUCAUCCGAAAGAAAUGUUGAUGUGAACAUGCUGUUAACCUCACUUCCGUAGUAAGAAAAAGUAAAGCCAAACACAAAACAUUCUAUCACCUUCCGUUUCUAUGGUGAAAAUGGUUGUCACAUUGUUAAAGUAUGUAGGACUGCGUACAAUUUGGAGAAAGUACAGUGCUAGUGAAAUGUACUGUAGUACCCCAUCGAAGCCUUGCCUUGCACACAGUUCAAUUCAGAUAUAUCCGCCUAUAUGUUUACACGAAACUGACAUGUGUACAGGAUUUAGUAUAGCCCCUUUUGCUCUACAUUUGUGUACAUCGUUGUCAUACAGGCUACAAUCCAUUCAGGUUAGAAGAGAGACGGCAUUUUCAAUAUAGACAAUGUGAUCAAUAUAGUCAUUUCCUUUCAAUUUGCUAUUCUGAAAUUGGUGAAACUGCACAUACAAUAUAAAAUACAAGCAUUGUCUAUUUAAACAAAAAGCUAUCGUUCAUCCGUUCACUGCAGUUACAGCAUUUUGUUAUCUGACUUUGUAUGUUCCAUUUAUCAGGUCGCUCAUUUUUACUUGUCAUUGGGUGUGGAAUAAUUCUGGGGAAGCUGUUAACGCUUCUGUUUUUUAUGUUGCUAAGUUUUGAAACUCAGGAAUAAACACGCAGUCUAUCAACGUUUUUAACUUUUACCGUGACAUUUCAGUACUCUGUGUUUCCAUUCGCUAUGAAAGUUCUGUUAUUAAAAGAGCCAAAGGAAGGGGACUCUGGAUCUGACCCGUAUGUUCAGGAGUUAGCGUCAUAUGGGUUGAAAGCUACCAUGAUCCCUGUCUUGUCUUUUGAGUUUGUUUCCCUCAAUGCAUUAUCUGAAAAGCUGUCACACCCAGAUAAAUAUGGUGGGCUCAUCUUUACCAGCCCCAGGGCAGUGGAAGCUGUGAGCUUGUGUCUAGAACAGAACAGUAAAAGAGAAGAAUGGAUGGAAAGUUUGAAGGAUCAAUGGAAUGCUAAAUCUGUUUAUGUUGUGGGUAAAGCCACAUCCUCUUUGGUUCAAGAAGUUGGCUUGAUCCCUCAGGGUGAAGAUACAGGAAACGCAGAUAAGCUAUCCGAAUAUAUAUGUAAAAAGGAAAACUCAGAUUCGCUGCCUCUUCUUUUUCCCUGUGGAUCACUUAAAAGAGAAGUACUACCCAAAGCGCUGAAGGAUAAUGGUGUGCCGUUGGAAAGUGUGACUGUCUAUCAGACUGCCCAGCAUCCCAAUCUUCAGAAAGCCCUCAGUGAAUAUUUCUCAAAAGAGGGCAUACCAGAAAGCAUUACUUUCUUCAGUCCAUCAGGAGUAAAGUUUUGCCUAAAAACACUCCAGAAAUUGUCAGGGAAUCACAUUGAUCAGAUAAAGUUUGCAGCCAUUGGACCAACCACAGCUGAUGCCAUGAAUGCUGAAGGACUGACUGUCAGUUGUUCAGCUGAGAAGCCCACAGCUCAGGACCUGGCGUUGGGGAUAUCACAAGAACUUAAGAAAAUUAAUUCCACGAUGCUGAGUUGUAUCCAGCUGAUUGCACUCGCCUGCGUGACCCUCAUCGCUCGCUGUGCGGCUGAGAAGCUGUUCCACAGCAGAGAUCACUCCGAUGUCGAGAUUUCAGCGACUCAACAAACCGCGCUUAUUAUCGACCAAGACGCUGCACAGCAAUUUCUUAAAAAAUCUGGGUUUACAAAGCCAGUCAACUGGGAAGAAAUGCAAUACGAGAGUGCACCUGUCCCUGUCAAUGAUGACCCGGCUACCGUGGACAUCCGAGAGGGGGACUCGUUGACCCGAGCUGGAGAUGACAGUGUCCCUGAAGACUCCAUGCAGAACCCAGAUUACAUCAACGCUCUGAAAGAGUUCCAGAAGAUGUACAACCUACCCGUCACAGGAGAGCUCGAUGACACCACCAAGGCUGCAAUGAAUAAACCAAGGUGUGGAGUCCCAGACAAGGAGGCCAAUGACACUAGCAUGGUCAAUGGAACGUCCAGUGACCUUAGUGAGACACACCACAAUAGCACUGCAGGCAGUGACGCUCAGAGUCUGAAUCACACCCAGGCUGGUAAUGCCACAGCAGGCUCCACGGAGCCAGUCCGGAGGAAGCGGUUUCUGGAAACUCUCUUGGUCAGGAAGAGGAAGAAACGGGCAGUGGACAACAUGUUCGGCUUGACAGGGCAGAUGGCCUUCUCCAAGAAAAUGCUGAAAUGGAGGCUCAUCGGAGAAGGCUACAGCAGCCAGCUGUCCAUUUACGAACAAAGAUAUAUUUUCAGGCUAGCGUUCAGGAUGUGGAGCGAGAUCUGCCCAUUGGAAUUUGAGGAGGAUAACUCCUCACCAUUAGCAAUGAUCGAUAUGAGACUGGGCUUUGGGACAGGGCGACACUUGGGCUGCACACAGACGUUUGAUGGGGCUGGUCGUGAGUUUGCCCACGCCUGGUACCUUGGAGACAUUCACUUUGAUGAUGAUGAGCAUUUCACUGCUCCCAACAGCGACAAUGGAAUCAGUCUGCUCAAAGUUGCAGUUCAUGAGAUUGGACACGUUUUGGGAUUACCACACAUCUACAGGACUGGGUCCAUCAUGCAGCCUAGUUAUAUCCCCCAGGAUUCAGACUUUGAAAUCGACUGGCUGGACAGGAAAGCUGUCCAGCAUCUUUAUGGUGGGUGUGUAGGGCCCUUUAGCACUGUGUUCGACUGGAUCCGGAAAGACAGAACCCCAUACGGUGAACUGGUGGUCCGAUUUAACACAUACUUCUUCCGUGACAGCUGGUACUGGCUGUACGAGAACCGCAACAACAGGACCCGUUACGGGGACCCCAUCGCUCUGCAAGUAGGCUGGCAUGGCAUCCCCUCGGAUGGCAUCGACGGGUUUGCCCACGUGUGGACCUGGAGAAUCGAUGCUGCGUACUUCUUUAAAGGCACUCAAUACUGGAGGUACGACAGCGAGAAUGAUCAAGCAUACACAGAAGACUCCGAAGGACGCAAAUACCCCCGGCUGAUAUCUGAAGGGUUCCCCGGCAUCCCCAGCCUCAUUGACACAGUCUUCUACGAUAGGAGAGACUACAAAAUGUACUUCUUCAAAGACUCACUGGUGUAUGCUUUCGAUGUGAACAAAAACCAGAAAGACAGUGGCUUUCCCAAGAGAAUCACAGACAUGUUCCCAGCCGUGGUGGCCAAUGACCACCCUGCUGGAAACCUGGAUGCUGUGUAUUUCUCUUACACCCACAACUCCAUCUUCUUCUUCAAGGGCAUGUACUUCUGGAAGGUUGUUGACAACCGAGACAGGCUUAAAAACCCAUCCUUUCCCUACAACGGACUCAUGCCUCGUCAAAAUGUGGCUAACCAGUGGUAUGACAUUUGCAACGUGCACUCUUCAGUGUUAAAAAUAAAGUCCUAGAGCCUAGAAGCUGGGAUAUUUUAAUGACGGGUGUAAAUGCAUUUACUGAAGAAAUUCAAAGAGAGAUUUUAUAUAAUGUAUAUAUAUGAGUGCAAGGGCUAUGCAGAACAUUUGAAUGAAUUUCCCUUUAAGAUACCUGCAAAAAGAAACCACAAUUAGAUAAAAUUAUAUGUUCUAUCCAAAAGUCCAUUCAAAUAUUUUGUCUCUUUUUUUUUUUUUUUUUGCCUUUUCUGUAUUGGGACCUUAUGUUAUAGACGUACCUUUUGUUGUUGUCUUAAUUGUAAGAUUUAUUUAUUUUUUUUCUCAAUUUGAAUAUUUAUAAUUGAGUGCAGUUCUAGUGUAAUAAAAAAAAUAAAAAUAAACCAAGAGCAAUGUAAAUUCCUGAUUUUGAUGCAAAAAUAUAUUAUGUAUAAAUGUCUCCAACUUAAUGUUUAUUUUGUGUUGUAGAUUUGUGUGUUUAAAAAGACAAACAUUUUCUGAAAUGACAGAUAAUUCAGUUGGCCUGCCAUUAAAUGAUCUUCAUUAAAACUUCUCUCUUGGUUUCUUCACUACAUGUUUAACACUUUCUGUGCUGCACUGUUUU